AUGACACUGUCUCGUUUUGUUCCAAUCCCACGCUGGACUGAAGUCAGCCCCAUUGGCACCGCCGCUAGCCGCUGCCGCCACCACGCCACGCCACUGCCGCCGCCGCUGUUGCUAGGGGAGGGGGGAGUUUAUCCCGGAGAUGAAGAUAACAAUGCCAGGACGUCCUUCUCCCGCCAGGAGACCAUAGAAAAAAGCCCGACCGACAGUGAAGGUCGUCUGGAUAUUACCCGGUGUCAUUGUGAUGAUAGCAGGAAACGCAAACAUAGACUUCCUCAGGAAAGGCCUGUGGAAGAUGGGAACAGUUCAUCUGAUAUAGAGGAGCCUAUGAAGAAAGAACCAGAUCUCGACAACGAUGAAACGCAGAGCCUUCCCUCAUGUCAGUCUGAUGACCUCGUUGUGGACCUCUCUACGCUUGCUACUGCUCAAUCUGAUGACUCUGUUGAGGUCACUGCCGCAGCAGGUGCUGAGGUGCUGAACAAACUGCCAACCUUGAAGCGCACCCUGACAACCAGUCGGAGAAGGAAGGGAAAACCCCCGACGUGA